GCCUCCGCGAUGAUCUGAGCCCCGCUGACGCGCUCCUCUUCCUGCUCUCGCGGGCUUUGCGGAGCCAUCGCGCUGACCCUCCUGUUUCCUACUGCGGAAAAGACGCGCUGGAGUCGAACCAACGAUGCUGAGGCAAAAUAUCUGUGUAAAGUAUGUUGUAAUAGCCACAGAACAGAGAGCACACAUGUGAAACAAGAUGCAGCAACACAGAGGAACAUAGUGUUCCUGGAAUUUUUUGUCCUAAGCACUGAAUGCUUAUUAAAGCCAGUGGUAACAGGAGAAGCAGGAGAUGAGAACACACUGAGAUAGUAACUACCUGCACUUCCACCUUGUGUCAAACAACCAAGAAAGCGUUCCCCCCGCGAUACAACUACAAACUUGAUGAUUCGUGGCAAAUGUCACUUUUGGCAUCAGCUGUACACUUGUUCUAUUCUGUUACCAAGUUCUCUCUGUAGAUGUUUACAGAAGGGAACAUUUUGUUGCUGCUGUGUAUGAACAUCAUGUCAUCCUGAAUCCCAACCCAACAUCCAUCACUGAUCGAAAGUCUGCAUUAGAGCUGAUGAACAAAAACCUAGACAUUUAUGAAGAGCAAGUAAUUGCUGCUGCUAAACAGGGGGCACAAAUAAUCAUCUUUCCUGAAGAUGGAAUUCAGGGCUUCAAUUUCACCAGAACAUCCAUUUAUCCUUACUUGGAGUUCAUUCCAUAUCCUGACUCUGUGACAUGGAAUCCAUGUAGAGAAGCAUACUUGUUCAAUGACACUGAGGUUCUCCAUCGACUCAGCUGUAUGGCACUGAAGAACCAACUGUUUUUAGUGGCAAACGUAGGAACGAAGCAGUUCUGCAAACACAGUGAUCCCUUCUGCCCACCAGAUGGAAGAUACCAGUUUAAUACCAAUGUAGUGUUUAAUGACAAUGGUACGCUCAUAGCAAUAUACCGAAAACAAAACCUGUACUUUGAAUAUGCCUUCAAUACUCCACCAGAAGUAGAUUACACCAUUUUUGAUACCCCCUUUGCAGGCAAAUUUGGAAUCUUCACUUGCUUUGAUAUCCUAUUCUAUGAACCAGCUGUGUCCCUUAUAAAGCAGUACAAUGUGAAACAGGUUGUCUAUCCUACUGCAUGGAUGAACCAGUUACCACUUCUGUCGGCUGUAGAAUUUCAACGAGCUUUUGCAACGGCUUUUAGCAUCAACCUUUUGGCAGCAAAUAUCCACCAUCCUGAUUUGGGUAUGACAGGCAGUGGCAUAUAUACACCAUCAAAAUCUUUCGUUUCUUAUGAUAUGGAAAGCAUUAACGGUAAGCUUAUAGUGGCAGAAAUCCCUGUUCUAUUAGAGCAUGAAACUCAGAUGAAAAACUCUGUAAUAUCUGAUAAAAUACUGGAGAGUUUUUCACACUACCAUAUGGACACAUUGGUUUGUCACAAGGAAGAGCAAAAAGACUGCAGUGGCAUAGCAGAGGGAGCAUUCAAAGCAGCUCUGCCCAUAUUUUACAGUGAAAUGAUGUAUGAUAAUUUCACUUUAGUACCCAUCAUGGAAACAGAAGGAAAUAUCCACAUCUGUUCGAAUACACUUUGUUGUUAUUUAAAUUACCAGAGACUGGAUUUAUCUUAUGAACUCUAUGCUUUAGGAGUGUUUGAUGAUCUACACACAGUACAUGGAACAUACUAUGUACAAGCCUGUGUGUUAGUGAAGUGUGGUGGAAGUAACUAUAGUACUUGUGGACAAGAAGUUACAAAGGCCACUGGGCUGAUAGAUUUUCAGCUUCAGGGAAAUUUCAGUACUCCUUUUGUCUUUCCUCUGUUAUUACGAUCUGAUGUUACACUAGAUUUUGCUGACAAUUUAGGAUGGAGAAGCAACUAUUAUGUCAUGCAGAAAAAGGGAGGAUCUUCUGGCUUAAUAACAGCUGGCUUAUAUGGACGAUGGUAUGAGAAGGACUAAAACAGAAACGUUUGGUGCAACAAAAUCUCAAAAUGAUUAUUCAAAGAAUCUAAUAAAAGGGGACUACUACUGUAUUCUAAA